CGGAGUUCUUGGGGUCCGCCGAGUGCAUGUGCUGCCGGGUGUUUCCCUUUCUUCGCUCCUUUUUGAUUGCGGGCCCGGGAAGCGCUGAUUCCCAGUCUCCGUUUUGGCUGUGGGUAUCCCGCCCGGGCUCUCGCUCUCUCCGCACAUGUUCCUAGGGCGCCAUCUCUUUGCAAAACCCUCCGUCCUCCCGCAGGUCUCCCAGAGGCUGCUCCGGAGCGUGUGAACAUCGCAGGCUGCAGCCCAGUCCAACCUGCCGGGCCAAGCAUGCUUCCCAGCCCCUGAGCCUCCCGGGGCUACCGCUCCUCCCAGACCUCUCGGGCUCUCCAGACAGGCAGCGACCUUUGCUUGUCUCUCCUUGUCACCGCUUGUCUCUCUCCUUGUCACUGUUGGGGACCAAAACUUUCUGGCAGCUGGAGACGUGAACCUGACCCUUUUUUUUUGCAGAGGUUUUGAGCCCCGGAGGAUACAAUGUUCGCAAAACUCUUCCAGCAGUGGAGUUUCGCAGUGUUCCUGCUGAGCUACUCCGUGCCCUCCUACGGGAGAUCAGUAGAGGGGAUCAGCCGCAGACUCAAACGGGCUGUAUCAGAGCACCAGCUAUUGCAUGACAAGGGCAAGUCAAUCCAAGACUUACGAAGAAGAAUAUUCCUUCAAAAUUUAAUUGAAGGUGUCAACACUGCAGAGAUCCGUGCAACGUCAGAGGUGUCACCUAACCCUAAACCUGCCACCAACACCAAGAACUACCCUGUCCGGUUUGGCAGUGAAGAUGAGGGCAGAUACCUAACUCAGGAGACAAACAAAUCACAGACCUACAAGGAGCAACCCCUGAAGGCGUCAGGGAAGAAAAAGAAAGCAAAGCCUGGAAAACGUAAGGAACAAGAGAAGAAAAAGAGGCGAACCCGCUCAGCUUGGCUAAAUUCUGGCUUGUACGGAGACAUCGUGACUGAGAGCCCACUCUUGGACAUCUCUGUUACUACACAUAAUCAAACUUUAAGGAGGCGCUGACGUUUUCAGCAAGAGAUAUUUGGAAGACACAUUGCAGUAUUCUGUAAUAGUGAACAUAUGGGAAGUAUUAAAAUAUUUAUUACCUGUAAAUAUUGUAAAUGCUCAGAAUAAAACCUUUUCCCCCCAUUGCUCUCUGAAACUGCACAUUUGGUUAUUGUGAAUUCUCCUUUUUUUUUUUUUUUUGGCUAAGGCUAAGACAAUUAUUAUUGUCACAUUUACCAUAAUUUAUUUUGUUGACUGGUGUAUUUAUUUUGUGAACGUAUCUUGGUGCUGCUGACUUUCUAUAUUUUUUGUAACAUAAUGCACUUUAGAUAUACAUAUUGAGUACAUUGAUAACUGACAUAAAAUGUUCCUGUUUUGUGGUUGAUUUCAAUGAAUGCUUACAUCCAAUUGUUCAAACUGAUUUUCCUUUGUGCAUGUAUAAUAGCAGUAUUUUAAAAUUUGUAAAGAAUGUCUAAUAAAAUAUAAUCUAA